UUCCAGCGUAUCAACGCGGUAGAAAGACAACACGUGGAGGAAGCGUUGGAGAACCCCAGCGCAAAGUAUUCCCUCAAUUCUGCCCUUCAGGAUUUUCCAGAGAAGCGAAACAGAUACGGAAACGUGUUGCCGUGGGACCAUUCGCGGGUAAAGCUCGAUGUGGUGGAGGGAUACUCGGACUACAUUAAUGCAUCCCACGUGGAAUUACAGAUUGACUCGGCUCCAAAAAAGAGGUACAUUGCCACCCAGGGCCCGUUGCUGUCUACCACAUCCCAUUUCUGGCACAUGGCGUACACCGCUACCCCCGCGGGUGCUCCUGUGGUUAUAGUGAUGGUCACCCCCUUGAGCGAAAAGGGAGUGGAGAAGUGCCACAAGUACUGGCCUGAUGUUGGUGAAAAAAUGUCUUUCAGCGACGGCUUCAAGUUUCCCCUUACGGUGGAGUGUAUGGCGUCGGAAUAUGACAAGCAUGGAUACUAUUACUCAGAAAUGGUGCUAACCAACAAAACUAGCGCCGAAGCCAAGACUGUCCACCAUAUUUACUAUGAUCGAUGGGAGGAUUUUGGAAGGCCAAAUGCGGUGGAACCGUUGAGAGCGAUCUCUAGGAGGGUGGCACGAUGGUCUGAAGCGCUUCCCAUCGUGCACUGCUCUGCGGGGGUCGGGCGUACGGGGACAUUCAUCACGUUGGACUAUUUGUGGCGCUGCAAAGAUUUCAGUGACGGUGAGGCGGUAGAAAAAGACACGAUCGAAUGGAUUGUGGGAACCUUGCGAGCGCAACGAAUGAUGAUGGUACAAAGUUCGGCGCAGUAUCUGUUCCUCUAUCAGGCUGCCAGGAUGGUAUACCGUGAGCGCCAGCAGAUCGAGAGUAGUUGAUGGUGUGGCCAAUGGGAGGAUUAUCCUAUGGCCCUGUGUAUGUACCAUCCGUUUAUCGGUGUGGAAUGAUUUAUAUUUGGAAUGAGGAAUUAUGCCAGCAGUAAGGGUGCUUUGUUCUGAGCUGGUGGUAUCUUACUAUUUAAAAACGUGCGUACCAUCUCCAGACUGGUCUCAAGGUUCCCUGGACUUUGUAUUUAUGGCAGCUUCCCGGGAAACGCAUCCACAUAUUGGCGAAAUCUUUGAUAGAGGUAAGCAUGGUUUCAGGCAGAAGUUAGCCCCUUGCGAUUUGACAGCUUACAUGUACACUUGGAUGGGCUAAGGAUCGGAUAGAAAAAUGUACGUUGGCCUGCGUAGAAAAUACUGCUUCGAGAUAUAACUGGUACUUCCUAUAAGCUCAAAUUAUGCCAUACUGGGAUAACCCCCUCCUGCCAAUCUGGAAUAUAAUAUGUAUUGCUCCUUUCUAAUCUUAGGUUUGCAC